UGUUCAUUCCUACAGCUCGGUUCUCCACGGCAUGGUGUAAUUAUUCGCAUUACUGAACCAAGUGGAAAAAAUUCUUAACCGAGCAUUUCUUAAAAAAAACUGACCAUGAAUCUUAAAGUCAAUAUUUUAACUGUUUCUAUAGUUUUAACUUUUGGAAUUAGCCAAGUGUCAUCAUUAAAGUGCCAUGUGUGCAGCACAGGAAAUCCAGGUCAAGAGGACUGCGAAGCAAUAGCAGAAGGCAAUACUAAAUACCUCAUAGACUGCUUCCAUCCUCUGAAUAGUACUUGCAGGAUUCAAGAACAAUGGAUAGAUUUCGAAGUUUUAAAUCAAAAAACCGAUAAAAGAACCAUUCGUCAGUGUGCGUCGACAGAGUAUGAUGCAAGUAGACCUUGUUACUAUAGGACAGGCUUUGGUGGAAGAAUAAGCGUGUGCAACUGUGAAGCUGACGGCUGCAAUGAAGCUGCCAGAACUGCCUCUACUCUACUUAUGACAAUAGGACUAGUUCUAUUUGUUAAAUAUUUAGCUCACUAAAGAAUUAUACAGUAUAUUAGUGCAUUUGAUUUUCAACGUACUAAUCAUCUGGUGCGACUGUGAAAUAUUUGCCGGAACUGUAAAUAUCCCAGACUGAAAGAUUUACAGUUUCAUUCGCUUGUUGUGUUAAUAGCUUGAGUUUCAUUGCAAUAACCGUUUCAACCGUAGAUCCAUUCAAAAAUUAGGGAUACUAGACAUCAUCUGGAAACUUAAAUACGUUAAAAAAUAAGAAGUUUUUUUUAGCUCCAUCCUUUUAUCACAGUAUGCUAUAUAAACGAAAUAUUAAUUGUUAUAUACUAUUUUUCAAGUUUUAAAAACAAUAAAUCGGGAUAAUUAUCUCUUUUAUUUAAAACUUCGUAUACAUAUAUGUACAUAAAUAAUUAUAUGAGUAUGUUAUUGCUAAUUGUUAUUCAUUCGAAGUUUUUAAUCUUUAGCGGCACUUAUAUUUCGGUACUUGCAUCAAAACUAUAUCCUAGAUCUGUCUUAUAGGUCGAAUUGGCGUACUGAUCAUGCCAUAGGAUUUUUUUUAUUUUGAAAUUAUGUAAAUGUGUAAUAAAUGUUUAAAACAUUAGUUUAAAAUAUUUACUAUUUAAUUUUUAUUCCAAUAGGAAGGCUUAGAGAUCUUUAUAACAAUAUUUAAUAUAACAUCUGGGACUUUUCCAGCACUGCUUUGCAACUAAAUAAAAAUUAAAAAAAUGCCAAGAGUCUCUCUCUCUCGUGCUGCCUUUCUCCUCCCCUCUCCUCCCCCCUUUUUUUAAAGCAAUAACCUUUUUUUCUUCUUUUUCUCCCUGCAGCGGCAUUCCUAAAAGGUAUGUUCAAGAACUACUCGUGUAUGUGUGUUGUGCACAAAAACGAAUCCUCGUAGAAUAACUUAGAUUGUAGUAUAGUGCGUGGACUCAGUUGUGAGCAACCUGUAUGUUGCCAAUUAGCAACGAAAUUUUACAAAAACCAUUCAACGAACCUUAACAUUUAUUUUUCUUUUUUAAGAUGCUAAAAACUCUGAACACCUCACAGUAAGAGAUAUCAGUGUUUGCAUAAAAGCAUACGACAAACAAAGUAUCCUGAUGUGAUUGCAGACAACAGAAAAUAAAUAUUCAAGAAUAAUUAAAUUCAUUUAGAAUAUCGUGUGAAACCCAAUGGGUCGCGGAAGUUUCAAGUACCAGUUCAUGUCUUGAAACUUCCAUUGCUACACAUUGAAAAUAUCGGUUGCUUAUGUGGAAUCUAGAAUUUUGGAAUUAGAAAUAUUAUAUUUUUGGUAUGAGAUUAAUAUUGAAUAUUUAUAGGAAAUGGAUAGAAAAGGUGUGUGCUAAUAUAAUACUAAAAAGCAUUUAUUUCGUGAGUUAUAGUUAGCUAGUACGAUGAGCUGUAAAUAGAUAUCUAAUAUGAAUUGCAGGAAACAAAGUGGUGGAAUAUUUUUGGAAUUUUCACUUUAUACGAAGUUUUACUGUUAUACUCCAUGUCAUUUUUAUAUACUUUUGACCAAUGAGUGUUUUGAGUAAUUAAUUUUAUGGUCAUGAAGCUUUUGUACAAAAGUUGCCUUCUCGGGUGAAUUAUUUUUGUAUCUGAAUCUCUUAGAACUGUCGUCGUCAGUAUAAUUUUAAUCACCUAAAGAAUUAAAAUGCUAAACAAUUUUUAAACAGCUAGUAUUGUCUGUAUCCUUUUAUUAUUUCUCUGAACUGGGGUCUUGAAUAAAGUUUAUUCCUGUAUGGAAUAUUUAAACUGAAAGCAGGUUAACUAAAGUAAUUUUCUUUCCGAGAAGAUUUUCAUAAAAAAAUCUUUCGCUUAACUUCUGGAAACGCAAUGCAGAAAGAAAGUUAAUGAUUUCAGUACUCAUAAAAAGAGUCUGGAAAUUAUGUUGAUAAAAAGUCUUUCACUCGUAACAAACUUAUCUGAUGUAUAAGUAAAACUGUCUGUCUGAUAUGUUUUGAAACAUUUAUCAGCUUUUAUCAAAAAAAAAAAAAAAAAAAACUUGAAGCAUCUCGGUUAAUGUUAGUUAGUAGUUGGCAUGAAUGUUGUUAUGUCCUUUUUCUGUCAUUAUUAAAUCAUUUCUCUUGUAACGGAAUUUUUUUCUUGUGAAUUUCUUUGUAUUAACUAUAAACUUUACUUUUUA